AUGGAGGAGGAGAGCAUGGAGGAGGAGGGGGGCAGCAGCAGCAGCUAUGAGGCCAUGAUGGACGAUCAGAACCAUAACAACUGGGAGGCCGGUGUGGAUGGCUACAGGCAGCAGCACCCUGCGGGCCAUGCCCAGGCCCCCCUCGGGGACCGGGCCCUGCAGCUGCCCGCGGAUAGGAAGGCCCAGAGGGGGCAGCAGGAGGAGGAGGAAGAGGCCCAGAUGGUGCCAGAAGCCAAUGGCCUGAUGAAGGGCUGUGACUCUGCAGGGGCUGCUGGCAAGGGAGGAGCCGUCGCUGCUGCCACCAUCAACACCUCCACCUCCAAGUUCUUAAUGAAUGUUAUAACCAUUGAAGAUUAUAAGAGCACAUAUUGGCCAAAGUUGGACAGUGCCAUAGAUCAGCUUUUAACUCAGAGUCCUGGUGACUACAUCCCUAUCUCCUAUGAACAAAUAUACAGUUGUGUGUAUAAAUGUGUAUGCCAGCAGCAUUCGGAACAGAUGUAUAGUGACCUAAUAAAAAAGAUAACUAACCACUUAGAGAGAGUCUCAAAGGAGCUGCAGGCCAGCCCUCCAGAUCUGUAUAUUGAAAGAUUUAACAUAGCUCUUGGACAAUAUAUGGGAGCAUUGCAGAGCAUUGUGCCUCUUUUCAUAUAUAUGAAUAAAUUUUACAUAGAAACCAAGCUUAACAGAGACUUAAAAGAUGACCUUAUAAAGCUGUUUACGGAACAUGUUGCAGAAAAGCACAUUUACAGCCUAAUGCCUUUACUUUUAGAAGCUCAGUCAACACCGUUUCAAAUAACCCCUUCGACCAUGGCAAAUAUUGUGAAAGGCCUGUAUACACUUAGACCAGAGUGGGUUCAGAUGGCACCAGCUUUAUUUUCUAAAUUCAUCCCAAACAUUCUCCCCCCUGCUGUGGAAUCUGAGCUUCAGGAAUAUGCUGCUCAAGACCAGAAACUUCAAAGAGAGCUUAUGCAGAAUGGAUUUACCAGAGGUGACCAGUCACGCAAGAGAGCUGGAGAAGAAUUAACUUACAAUGGCUCAUCAGCAUGUGCAAGCUCCAGAGGCUACAGAUAGUGAACAUACCGGAUGUGCUUUUAUUCCUAGCCAGAACAGACACUGGAGGAGCACAGAUGAUAUCCAGAGCCUCAGCUGGGGUCUGCUGAUAUUCAGGAGCUCUGUCACAAGUUGUACCUGGAAGAGGAGUUUGGACGUUCUUCGUUAUGUAAUAAAAUGUCAGUUGCUGCUACACUUGGGAUAACUUUGAAAGACAUGACUCUUUGGUUUGGUCUCUCAGCAAGUUCUUAUUCUCUGAUUCCGUGAGGAAUGCGCCUUGAAAAACAGAUAAUUUCUAAGUGAAAAUUGGCAGCCAAAAUCAGCAGCUUCCUCCAAAAAUGUUAGAAUGGAAGAAUCUUUUUUGCACUCUUGUUUUUUAUUAUGGACAUUCUUUAAACUAAUUAACACAUCAGUGUAUUAGUUUUAAAACUUCAAGGUAUUUUCUGAAGCUUUUACUUAAAUAAUAAGAAUAAAGAUUUGUUACUUUGCAGU